AACACAGUCAGCCACCAGGCAGUCCCUCCCCGGCUGAUAUACUAGAUCUUUAGCUAUCAUGAGAACUUUGAUCGCCCUUCUGUUGGUGGCCCUCGUGGCCGCAGAGCAGAAGCGUUCGGCCGAUCCCGGCUACGGCCUCGGACGAGGCUUCGGCUUCGGAGGUGGCCUCGGCCGCGGCUUCGGGCAUGGAGGACUGUACGGUGGCUACGGCGGACUCGGAUUCGGGGGAGGUCACGGCGGCUUCGGACUAGGACGAGGCUUCGGCGGCCACGGACUGGGAGGAGGUUACGGCCACGGUUACGGAUACGGCCCGCGCGUUCACUACAUCGGGAAGCGAAGCGCCGAUCCCGAGCCUGGCCACCUUUCCGGUGGUUACGGAUACGGUUAUCCCGUAUACGGACGCGGAUACGGCUUCGGCGUGGCUCACCACCCAUACCAUGGCCAUUCCUACGUCUCUCCGAGAUUCCACGGUAACUACGGAUACGGAUUCCCUUACGGAUACGGCCGAUAAAUAACUGACCCUCUCUUUAUAAUGUCCAGUCAUCUUCAAACGAAUCCUAAUUGUAAGGAUAAAUACAUAAAUACGAAUAUCUCGACCAAUAAAAGUAACAGUUGCUGCAGCAAAGA